GUUUCCCAGAUAAAUCUCCCUGACAUGCCAAAACUCUCUUUUGCCCACAAAAGCAUCUGUAUUACUUAAAGCUUCUCUAAUACCCUAAUCAGGGUAUUAACCAGUAGGAUUUUGAGGCUGGUUGGGAAAUCAACUUGCAAGGCUUAGGACGGGUUUUCCAGACAUCUUUCAAGGAACUGAUCAGCAAAUCAAUCAGCUGAGUCAAACAAAAAUAGCAGACUGUACAACCCGUGGAAAUAUUUCUGAAGGUCAGAAAAGGCAGCGCCAAUUUGCUUCGACUCCAGAGAGGGCUGGAAUCUGGAUUUGACAGCUUGCCACCGUUUCUACGACGAAAUUGCAAGCCGCUGAACUGUGUCACCGGAAAACAGAUCUGUGGUGAAGAAAACCUCGGAUGAAGCCCACCGCUUCGCUCUAAUCCCUCCAGGGUCUGACUUGGUCCAACAUGCUCCUUCUGCUGCUGCUCACUCCCAGCUUGGUCCUUUGUGACACCAACAUCACCGUGGUAUGGGAAGACGCACCGUCUACCAUCAGCCCUCUUGUAGACAUGCAGAACAAAAUUAACGAUCUGUGGCUGAGUUUGCUGUACCCCCAGCUGUACGAUGACAUCUUCAAAGCCAACCGGACCGCCUACGCUUGCUGCGCGGUCAAGCCCAGUAGCAAAUUAGAGGCAGAGAAACCUCAGGUGACGGGUUCGGUUUUGUUCAAGCAGGGCUACCCCCAUGGAAAGCUGGAGGUCAUCUUCUACCUGGACGGCUUUCCUGCGAACUCAUCGGCCAGGGCCAUUCACGUCCACCAGUACGGUGACCUCAGCGACGGCUGCGAUUCGGCCGGAAGUCACUACAACCCUUGGAAAGUCAACCACCCUCACCAUCCGGGGGAUUUUGGAAACUUUGAGCCUCAAGAGGGCAAGGUUCGAAGAUUGAAAUUGAACCUCAAAGCCACCCUCUUUGGACCCCAGACAAUUCUAGGAAGAUCGGUUGUGAUCCACGAGCAGAAAGACGACCUCGGGAAGGGCGGCAACAAAGGCAGCCUGGAGCACGGGAACGCUGGCCUGCGCCUAGCGUGUUGCGUCAUCGGCACCUGUAAGGAGAACCUGUGGGACCAGCAUUGGCCUAAAGUCCCCGUCAAAAGGAAGAGGAGGGUUAUAAAACCUUGAGCGUGGCUGGCAUCCCGAAGGCCGAUCCACGGAGUUUUGUCUCUGCUAAGCUAAUUACGACAACGGCAUCUCUUCCGAAAAUGUUAAAAGCGGCCCUUCUCCUUUAGUGAAUCCUUCACUCUAUAAGCAAGUUAAUAAUAAAGAAGAGCAGUGCUAGCCUGUCAAAGUUGA